UUGUUUGUUUGUUUUUUUUAACCCCGCAUUAUAGAUAAAAAACAUUGUGUCGAAUAUGUGCGUAGACUCGAAAGGCGAUGCCAACAAGCCCGUCGAUUUGUGGCAGUGCCACCAACAAGGUGGCAAUCAGUACUGGAUGCUCAGUAAGAUCGGAGAGAUCAGGAGAGACGAGUCGUGCUUGGACUACGCUGGCGGCGAUGUAAUCUUAUACCCAUGCCACGGAUCUAAGGGAAACCAGUAUUGGAACUACGACCCUAAAACUAAACAGCUACGGCAUGGUAGCAGUAGAAAGUGUCUGACCAUCAAUAGCACCAAAGACAAGCUGCUCAUGGAAGAAUGUGACUUAAUGCUGGCCAAACAAAUGUGGCAGUUUGAAAACUUCAACGCGACGUUGGCCACCGAGGACAGUCACAUGAGGCAUUAAAGACUUCUAACGAAAAAAAUAUAUUAGAAUUACUUCCUAUAUUAUUAUUAUUUUGUUUUAUAUUAUUUUUUUAUUUUUGUUUUGAUCAAAAUUUUUCCCAUUACAAAACUUCCGCGCUCCGUCGAUGGUCGUUUUGUUUUUACGAUUAUUAUUAACAUGUAUACCUUUGUUCGAACAAAACGAAACAUUGUCGCGCUCAAACAAAUCCAGCGACUUGUACAUAACGCGUUCUUUUUUUAUGUAAACUAUAUAUUGUCAUUUGAAUAAUUAUUAUCUCUAUAUGUAUUAUAUACUAUACGAUUGUACUUAAACAGUAUUGCGGCUAUACGACGAACAAAACAUUCCCUCGUGACAUUUCCACAUUUUAUUUUUUUAAUUUCGUCCAAAUUAUUUUUUGUUUAUAAGCAAUUCGUGUUGAUUAUUAUUAUUAUUUUCAAUGUACAUAAAUUAUGUCUAUAUGUAACGUACGUGUUAUAUUAUGAUGUAUAAUUAUUAUUUUAUAUAUAAUAUUAUAAGCUCUAUUCGUGUGUACACCUUCUCCGGAAUGCGAACAAAUAUUAUACGAACGAUCAUUAUACUAUUAUGUAUUACUA